CGUGAACAUGGGUUGAUCAUUAGCUGGAACUUGGAGCUCCGUUAACUGUAUUAGCUGAAAUGGGGAAUAGCCGCGGUGCUAAUAGCUUUUUCUCCGAGCCCCCUCGCAAAGCGAAAUUGCUUCUACUAGCUUCUGUGUUCUUCUACGAUGUCGAAGAGGAAACUCUCAACGCCUCUUUCCACUUUCACGAGAAAAUGCCUAACUUCGAUUGCCCCCUUCUCCCCCUUCAAAUCUUCUCCUACGCUUAAACGUUGCACCUAUAUCUCAUCGCCACCGCCUCCCAUUACACCAUAUCAUCGUCUUUUACAUGACCCCUCGUACUGUUCUCUGGGAAAUCUUAGGGCUUCUGUCAAAAGUGUUUCCUCGGUAUCUUCCCGGAAAAUCGAAAGUGGUUGCUGGAACUGUCAUGCUAUGCCCGAAUCAGCACCGUUUUUGGUUUGCCAGUCUUGCAGGAGCAUUCAACCCGUCGAUAUAUCCGUCGACUAUUUUGACAUAUUCGGACUGGAGAAGAACUAUGAUAUUGAGGUUAAGAAUUUGGAAGGCAAGUACAAAAACUGGCAAAAGAAACUACACCCUGAUUUAGUACAUUCAAAAUCUGAGAAAGAAAGAGAUUUUGCUGCUGAACAAUCUGCCAAGGUGAUUGAUGCAUAUCGUACGCUUACAAGGCCUUUAUCAAGAGCAAUUUACUUGUUGAAGCUUGAGGGAAUAGAAGUUGAUGAGGAACAGACAGUUUCAGAGCCUGAACUACUAUCUGAGAUUUUGGAAAUCAGGGAAGCAGUUGAAGAAGCUACUGACUCUGAGGAUUUAAAUCACAUUCUCUCUGAGAUGCAGGAAAAGCUAAGGCAUUGGUCAACUGUCUUUGCUAAUGCAUUUAAAAGCCGGAACUUUGAAGAAGCUAAAUCUUCAAUUCAGAGAAUGACGUACUAUGAGCGUGUAACUGAUGAAGUAGCAAAGAAACUUUGAUAUAGUUGGUGGCAUGGGACGAUGAUGAUAGUGGUUCUGGAAAGGUGCCAUGUCUGACAUUUCUAUUUUCACUCUUAUCAAGCUAGAGGAAGUGCAAUCAGUGCGAAGGCUUCCACUUUUCUUUCAGUAGUUUAUUGCACGGUGAACGCGAUGCAAGUGGCCCCCUUUUAGUUUCUGCUUCUGCAAUUUUUAAAUGAUUCUGGGGCAGACUUCGAGGAUUGGGACAUUCCUUUUGUGGUAUAUAAUGGGCUUGUCUGAAGAAUUUGAACGUGACUUCCAAAUUGUGUCAUAGUACCUUAAUGCUGCUCGCCUGCUAUGCAGAUGAUGAGAGUUUACGCAGUGGUGCCAUGGCAUCAUUAUCGUCCCUAGCAUUUGGGGGCCUUGUGUAAUGCUAUCUGGUUUUUAUACGCGCAAGCAUUAAAUCGACAGUGUUCUUUUAUUAUUAUACAAUACACCCAUCCUGAUUGAUGACUUCUAAAUAUCUUA